AUGGAGACAUUGACAUUGACACUGAAGAAGGUGAAGAAAUUGAUAAAAAGAAAACAGUUCCACAUACAUUCGAUUCGGCCAAAAGAUCAGCCGGGAUUCCCGUCGGCCGUAUGGAAAACACCCGUUUUUCACAUGGUGUAUGAUGUCGACAAAACAUUGGUGCGUAGUUUUUAUUACUGCACUUUAUGCUCUGAACUUAUCCACUUGGCCCAAACUGGCAGUGGAAACUCGAAGCUCACACGUCAUGGCUGCUACAAAAAGUAUUUGAUGAACUUGAACAAGGGGGCUAAAGAUAAGGGUGAUAGCAGCAGCAGCAGCGACGACAGCAACAAUGACAGCAGCAGCGACGAGGAACAACCAGUUGUGUCUAAAAAGGCAAACAAGAAAGAUGAAUUGGCUACCAACAACGAAAGCUUGACAAAGGAUCAAUUCAAUUUAUUGGCCAAAGUUUUUGCUGAAUUCCGCAUCCUCUGCUUGAAGUCUGAGUGCUUGGAUAAGCAAACAGUUCCUGCCGAUUUUAUGGCAAUUUUGCCGAAAAUUUGGAGCAUUGCAGAGUGGAACACGUUCAUAAAACAAGCUUACGCAAUGAUGAAACCAAAUGACAAGCGUCCGGCGAAAGCUUGUCCAAAAAGCUUGAAGCCAGCGGAAGAUCGUAGUGACGAUUCGUCUGAUGACGAUGGGUCUGAUGGCAACUCUACAGAUGGCGAUAAUCCACCUGUACAUGCACAGAACGCAAUGAUGAAACCAAAUGACAAGCGUCCGGCGGAAGCUUGUCCAAAAAGCUUGAAGCCAGCAGAAGAUCGUAGUGACGAUUCGUCUGAUGACGAUGGGUCUGAUGGCAACUCUACAGAUGGCGAUAAUCCACCUGUACAUGCACAGUAUUACCAGCAAAGCCUAGAUGCUGAGCGUGUCAAUAAAUCCCAAGAGGUUACAGCAAGCGAUAAAAAUGAUGGUAAGACUGGAGAUCCGUCAACACCGGUGAAAGCGUCACAGAAAAGUAAAAGUGGCUCAAAGUCCAAAAAAACAUCUGCACGUCCGCCCGUCCGUCUGUCCGUUCGUCCGCCAACACCUACGUUGGAAGCAAUUUCACAGGACCUUGAGGAAAAGUCGCCAAACAAUGAUGGUGAGAUUAAAGAUCCGCCAGCGCCGGUUAAAACUCCGAAGAAACGUGGAAGAGCAACAAAGUCCAAGACUACAGCAAACGAUCAAAAUGAUGGUGAGAUAGAAGAUCCGCCAACGCCGGCUAAACAGAAGCGUGGAAGUGGCUCAAAGUCUGAAGAGGCUGCAUUUGCACCUUCGGCCGACCGUCCGCCAACGCCGGUCAAAGUUCCAAUGAAACGUGGAAAAGGAAAGAAUUCGAAAGAGACUGCAGCAAAACGACGCAAGUCAGCAGAUGAUGAUGCACCGGUCAUCCGCACAGCCGCCGCCAAAAAAGAUUACUCCAAAGAAGAUCGUGCGGUUCAUGAUUUGACCACAGGCCGUAGAUCGCUAACAUUUAGCGCGCCCGAAUCGUCCUCAACAUUUAUUUUCAACAGAAGUCCAGUACAAGUAAAUUUGAACGAGACUUGGCUUGACGGAGCUGCUGGUUUAGACGCACAGAGUCAAUUUUUAGAUCCAAAUCGAAUUACACAGUCGCACCACGGCGGUUCAGUUGUCGAUCAUUAUCAUUUCGAUCCGUUUGAAGCAGCCGAAGAGACAUAUUCGGUUUUGACAGACAAAUCCAUCGGUAACUUAUCGGUAGAGAGGGAAAAAACUGACGGGAAAUCAGACGAUCAGCUGAUUAAAGUAACAAAUAAAGAACCGACGGAAGCGGAUAAAACAACAGACACGGCGAAUGGUAAUCCGGAAAACGCGACAGAUCCAACAGCGAAUAAUUUGACUCAAAGCCAACAGCCGCCAAACAACAACAAUAAUAUUAACAACAACAAUAACAACGAUCGUAAUAACGACGCUUCGAAUCCUGAAAACGCUCAAGAGAGACUGUUAUCGAUCAGACAGGGACAGAAAGAAUCGAUAGAUGCAUAUGCCGAACGGGUGAAAAAACUGUUGGACAUGCUGAAUUUAACAUCGUCAGGCGAAGACGCGGCUAUACAAGCCGUGAAAGCUGAAAUGAACGAGGACGAUUACUACAAACAGCUGGAAGUUUUUGAAUUCCUCCCCGGCCAUAAAGAAAUUAUAUUGGAUAUCUCAAAACAAAUGGAGGAACUGCAAAAAUCCAAGCAAACCAAGGUUGCUGCAUCUGGCGAACAACUCAAGAAAGAAUUGAUAACAAAGAUGACGAAUUACUUACGCAAAAAUAGUCCGAAUGAAAAUGAUUAUCCCGACGAUACGAUUUCUGAAUCUAAUAUUCAAGAUUUUCAUCAACAC